AGACAAUACAAAAGCCAGUCCAACACACAGCCAAUACAUACUCUUCUUCUUGUCCAGAAAAAUCCCAAAUGGAACACUCGCCGGAAAUACUGCUGAACUCGCUCAAGAACUCCGGCGUUCGGGUCCCCUACGACGUGUCGUCCGUCCGAGACCUCACGCCGGCCACUUUGGUCUCGAUCUGCGGCCAGUCCCUCAACCUCAUCGCCCAAACGUCGUCGUUUCCGACCUCGCUCCCCGAUUCCUCCGUCGCCGACCAGUUCAACGUCUGUAUGGACAUGGCUUCCGGGAUCAACAGCCUCGGCUACCCCGGCGACGUGAGCUUCCACAAGUUCUUGUAUCCAUCUGAAGAGGACUCGUGUAAGUUGGUAAGGUUCUUGGUGGAGAGGCUUUCGGAGUUGUCCGGGAGUGGAAGCAGGGGUGGUCUCAAGGGUGUUGAGGAUAUGGGGAGAGUGAAAGAAGAUAGCUUUGAAAGCGAUUUGGGAAACCACAGAAGCGGUGAUGAAAGACUUGGACCGAAAUGGGAUGAAUUCACAUUGAAUGGUGAAGAGCCUGAAGUAUUGAAUAUCGAGGGUGAAGAUGCCUCUGUUGGUUGUGAUGCUAAUCAUAUGCUGCAAAGAUUGGAUGAAAUGAGUAUUGACAACGUAUCCAGCAGACCUGAUGAUCUUCAUUCGUCAGAGGAGAAACAGCUCGAGGAGGAGGUGAUGGCAAAGACUUCAGAAUUGAAGCACCUUGAAGAAGAGUUGGAAUUGUUAAAAGAAGCAGUAGAUAUAGCAUUUGAUGUCGAUCAUCCCGCUGAAUUUUACCUCGAGAAACUUAAUCAGCAAGUGGGUGCUCAAAGGCAACACCUAGGAGAAUUGAAGUCACAGCAGGAAGUUGUCAGAAGGCCUUUGGAAGAGAAGAGGAGAACUCUUCAGGAGACUCUGUCUGCAGAUAACCCAGAUGCUCAGAAAAAACUCCAAAAGCUGAAACAGCUUGAAGUGGAAAAGGAAUCCAUGUUAGCUUCAAUUCGAAAAAGGGAGGAGGAACUUUCUCAACUUACUAUGGAUCUAGAGAAGCAGCCCAAACUGACAUCAAGGAGAUCUUAUAUUGAAAGGGUCAAAGAGAUCACAAAAAAUAGUCGGAAGCAAGAAGCUGACAUAGAGCAGAUUUUAAAGGACACCAGGGAGCUUCAGUUAGAGAGUAAUUCUAUUCAAGAACGCCUCCAUCGGACAUAUGCUGUUGUAGAUGAGCUUGUUUUCAGGGAAGCAAAGAAAGAUGCAGUGGGGAGGCAGGCUUAUAGGCUCCUCACUAGCAUCCACGAGAGCUUUGAACAAAUUCGUGAGAAAAUCCUGGCAACUGAUAGAUUACGUCGAGAAGCGACUGAACAUGAAAAGAAGCUAGCAGCCAUGGCUUCACGGAGUUUAAAUGCAAACAAACUACAAGCAGAUCUUGAGGUCAUUAGGAGGGAGAAUGAGUACCUAGAGAAAUCUCUCGAGGAUAAAUAAAACUAUAGAUCAUUCUUUCAAGUGAGGAUAUACAUUAUUUCAGCUAUAAACGUUCUCCAUAUUGCAUUUAUACACAGCAAAAUUUGUAUCCGCUUGGCAUAUUCCUUCUCAAAGUUUCUUUGUAUACAUAUACAUUCUAUUUUCAAAGUCCCCGUUCUAGUUUGAUGAUUUGCA